GAGCUGCUGGCGGAGCGCUACCACUUCAACAUGGGGCUGCUGAUGGGUGAAGCCAGCCCUUUGCCAUGGGCGGACGGGAAGACUAUCAAGAACGAGGUGGACCUGCAGGUGCUGCAUUUGCUGGGGCCAAAGACUGAAGCUGACCUGGAAAAGAAACCAAAGGCUGCAAAGGCCCGGAUAGCCCCGGCGGAGAAGCAGAAGGCAGCUGUGGUGGAGAAUGGUGAGGAAGGCACGGAGACACGGUCGCUGCUGGAACAGCUGCGAGGAGAAGCCCUCAAGUUCCACAAGCCGGGAGAGAACUACAAGACGGAAGGCUACGUGGUGACGCCCAACACCAUGGCUCUGCUUAAGCAGCACCUGGCAAUCACAGGUGGGCAGGUGCGGACACGGUUCCCUCCUGAGCCCAACGGGAUCCUGCACAUUGGCCAUGCCAAGGCCAUCAACUUCAAUUUUGGCUACGCCAAGGCCAACAGUGGCGUGUGCUUCCUGCGCUAUGAUGACACCAACCCUGAGAAGGAGGAGGAGAAGUACUUCACAGCCAUCCGGGAGAUGGUGGAGUGGCUGGGAUACCAGCCCUAUGCAGUGACCCACGCGUCAGAUUACUUUGACCAGCUCUACACCUGGGCCCUGGAGCUCAUCCGCAGAGGCCAAGCAUAUGUCUGCCAUCAGAAGGUCGAGGAGAUCAAGGGCCACAACCCACCGCCCUCGCCGUGGCGGAACCGGCCCAUAGAGGAGUCACUCCUGCUCUUCGAGGACAUGCGAAAGGGCAAGUUUGGGGAGGGGGAGGCCACGCUGCGGAUGAAGUUGGUGAUGGAGGAUGGGAAGAUGGACCCCGUCGCCUACCGUGUCAAGUUCACUCCGCAUCACCGCACCGGGGACAAGUGGUGCAUCUACCCCACGUAUGACUACACACACUGCCUCUGCGACUCCAUCGAGCACAUCACACACUCCCUCUGCACCAAAGAGUUCCAGGCCAGGCGCUCCUCCUACUUCUGGCUGUGCAACGCGCUGGAUGUCUACUGCCCCGUGCAGUGGGAGUACGGGCGCCUGAACCUGCUCUACACUGUCGUCUCCAAGAGGAAGAUCAUCCGGCUGGUGGAGACGGGUGCUGUGAGGGACUGGGAUGACCCACGGCUCUUCACACUGACAGCCCUGCGCCGGCGAGGCUUCCCCCCCGAGGCCAUCAACAACUUCUGUGCCCGGGUUGGUGUGACGGUGGCCCAAGCGACAAUGGAGCCACAUCUGCUGGAGGCAUGUGCACGGGAGGUGCUGAAUGAGCAGGCCCCCCGCGCCAUGGCCGUCCUGGAGCCUCUCAAGGUCACCAUCACCAACUUCCCUGCCCUGAAGGCACUCGAGGUCCUUGUGCCCAACUUUCCAGCCGAUGAGAGCCAGGGUUUUCACAAAGUGCCCUUCCAGCCCACCAUCUACAUCGAGGAGACGGACUUCAGGGAGGAGGUGGACAAGGGCUACAAGCGCCUGGCCCCUGGGCAGCCGGUGGGGCUGCGCCACGCUGGUUAUGUGAUUGCCGUCCAGAACGUCAUCAAGGACGCCAGCGGGCACGUGAUCGAGCUGGAGGUGACCUGCACCAAGUCAGACGUGGCAGAGAAGCCCAAAGCCUUCAUCCACUGGGUAUCGGAGCCGCUGGCGUGUGAAGUGCGGCUCUACGAGCGGCUGUGA